UUUAAAAACAAGCCUGCUACAGCCUCUUAAAGAAUGUACUGUCAGAUCUCAUCUUAGAUGACAUUGGCAAGGUGGAAAAAUAAUAAUUAUUCACACAGUGCAGUAACAUGGACCCUGACCUCUUUACAUACAUAGUAGUUCACACUGUAUUUCCUGAACAACUUCUUCAUGUGUGAAGAAGUACAAAGACAAAUAACCCUCUAACCAUCUGAAAGGAGGAAACCUGCUCAGCCAGUCUUCAACUUCCUUGAGGUUACGUUAAGUGGCAAACAAUGACAUACGUUUAUUCUUAAAAUUUGACAGUUCACAGGAAAAUAAAUUUAACAUGUACAGAAAUACAUGUGUGAGACUGUAGGUGGCUGUGGUUCACAAUUUCCGGCAAUUUUAGAACUACAAACAGUUGGAGUCGAUGCAUCUGUCAGUUACUGGGUGUGUACAUGACGCAUGUCUUACUAACAAGGAAGACAGACAGACAGAAGGGGUGGAGUUUGGAUGGACUCUGUCUUUUUUUAUAAGUGUUUACAGAGGGACAAGAUGAGAACAGUUUAAAUGGACGUGUAUCUUCCUCUUCAAUACUUUUCUCGAACUACUUUUUACCUCCUGCCUCCUGUUGAUCUGAAUGGAAUGGACCAUUGAAAGGUUAACAGAGGGUCUGUUUUGUCAGGGAUGUGUCACCUUUGCCGCUGGCUCACUAUUUUUCAAGGUGGAAACAACACGUGAGCUCAGGCGAAAGGCUGACAUGUGUGUGUUUUGCGGUAUUCUACGAUGAGCCACAAAGGCUUUUAACCUGAUGAGGGACACCAGUGAUGGAAAGAUUGAAUGACCAGGCAGCUGUUGUUACAAGGAAGAGUGUGGGAAGGGGUAAAGAUGUUUGCAAGUCGCCCACACAGGCACCCAAGUUUGAAUGGACCAACAAGUACCACAAGUCCACCAAAGGCCAGGGAAUGGUCAAACAGGCCCUUGCUCCACUUGGCACAACACUCACUAAACUCAAACAGCACCGGAAAACAGAGAAAUCAUCAAACAAAAAGGGAACUUUAGAAAGGGAGAAAGGCUCAAACAGUGGCACGCAGAAGUCCAAACAAGCCGCUUCCAGCCCAGAGAGUCAGGGCAUCCCCAGUCGAGAGGACCGGGAUGACAUGGUACGCUCCUCCAGCCACACCACAUCUAACAAAGCUCAGAUACUGGCCAUGCCGCAGUUCGGCCUGCGCGACAACCUCAUCAAGUGUGAGCUGCUGAAGAAUGAGUUCCGUUACACUUACCCGGAGGACUUCAGCUUUUUUCUCGGCACAUACAAUGUGAAUGGACAGACGCCAAAGGAAAGCCUCCGUCCUUGGCUGAGCUGCACUCCGAGCCCUCCUGACAUGUACUGCGUGGGUUUUCAGGAGCUUGACCUCAGUAAAGAAGCUUUCUUCUUCAAUGACACCCCCAAAGAGCUGGAGUGGACGAAGGCUGUGUCCGAGGCCUUGCAUCCAGAUGCCAAGUAUGCCUUAGUGAAGUUGGUGCGUCUGGUGGGCAUCAUGCUGAUCUUCUAUGUGAAGAAGGAGCAUGCAGAGUUCAUCUCUGAUGUGGAGGCUGAGAGUGUGGGCACUGGCAUCAUGGGAAGGAUGGGAAAUAAGGGUGCUGUGUCGGUCCGUUUUCGCUUCCACAACUCUGAUAUCUGCGUGGUCAACUCUCACCUAGCUGCCCACAUUGAAGAAUUCGAGAGACGUAAUCAAGACUACAAGGACAUAUGCAGUCGUCUCCUGUUUCGCCAGCUUGACCCCACCCAGCCUCCACUCACUAUCAUGAAGCAUGAUGUGAUUUUAUGGAUCGGGGACCUCAACUACAGGAUCAGUGAACUUGACGUCUCAAACGUGAAGGAGCUAAUCAGCAGUAAGGACUUUGAGACGCUGCACAGUUAUGAUCAGCUCAAGAGGCAGAUCGAUGAGGAGGCCGUGUUUGUUGGCUUCGCAGAGGGAGGGAUUGAUUUCCAGCCCACCUACAAAUAUGACACCGGCUCUGACAAGUGGGAUACAAGUGAAAAAUGCCGCGUGCCUGCGUGGUGUGACCGCAUCCUGUGGAGAGGGAAGAACAUCAAGCAACAGCAUUACCAGAGUCACAUGGCUCUGAAGACCAGUGACCACAAACCAGUCAGUUCCCUGCUUGUCGUUGGGAUCAAGAGAGUAAAUGCUGAGGCCUAUAAGAAGACCUUUGAAGAGAUUGUACGCGAUAUAGACAAAAUGGAGAAUGAGUGUAUUCCGUCCGUAACCUUGUUCAAGCGAGAGUUCCACUUUAUGGAUGUGAAAUACAUGCAGCACCAAGCACAGACAUUGAACCUCUUCAAUGACGGGCAGGUCCCGUGUCAGUUUGAGUUUAUCCAGAAGCCGAACGAGCCCACGUACUGCAAGCCCUGGCUCACAGCCAACCCCCCUAAAGGCUUUAUCGCUCAGGGUGGUUCUGUGGACAUUGAGCUUGAGGUUUUUGUAAACCGCUCAACAGCAACUGAACUUAACUCUGGCAAGGAGCAGAUCGAAGACAUCCUGGUGCUCCACCUGGAGCGUGGAAAGGACUACUUCAUCUCUGUGACAGGAAACUACCUGCCCAGCUGCUACGGCUCCUCCAUCCGUUCAUUGUGUCAGCUGAGGGAGCCCGUCCAGGACAUGCCGCAAAAAACCCUCCGUGAAGUGGCGGAGAUGUCUGGAGAUGAGAAUGCAACAGACACUGAAAAGCCUCUAGACAUUCCUAAAGAACUCUGGAUGAUGGUGGAUCACUUGUUCCGCAAUGCACUUAAACAGGAAGACAUAUUUCAGCAACCUGGGCUCCGGAGUGAAUUUGCAGAAAUAAGGGAUUGCCUUGACACUGGCAUUCCAGAUUCUCUUCCGGGCAGUAACCACUCAGUGGCAGAGGCGUUGCUUCUCUUCCUAGACGCCCUCCCAGAGCCUGUGGUUCCCUACUCCUUUUACCAGCAGUGCCUAGAAAACUGCUCCAAUGCCAGUCAGUGUGAGAAAGUUAUUUCCAUGCUACCUCAGUGCCAUAAAAAUGUGUUCAACUAUUUAGCUGCCUUCCUCCGUGAGCUGAUGAAGAAUUCUGCUAGCAAUCGAUUAGAUGUCAGCAUCUUGGCCACCAUUUUUGCCUCCUUGCUCCUGAAGUCACCUACGAAGCAGGAUCUUCUAGAAAAGAGGAAAACUCAGGAGUUCUUUCAGCACUUCCUGGCCCAAGGCUCCUCCUAGACGGAGGACUUCUCCCUCCCUCUUGUCCAUCAUGCUGAAGCUGAACACUAAAACCCUGUACAGUCCCAGUAUUUGAAAUAAACUAUAAUGAUUUCUUAUAUUCUUAGAUUGUCUCUUUGUUUAGAUAUGUAGUAUAAUUGCAAGUGACAGAUCUUAUUUGAUAUUACAUGUUUCACACACACACAGCAAUGUGGUGAUCUGUUGAUACAGAGUUUAUUGUAUAUCAUGGAGCAUCUGUAGAGACCUAACAAUUUUUAAUGUAUGUAUAUUUUAUUUAAAAAGAAAAAAAUAAUUUGUAUUUUAAUGUUUCUGAUCUCAACAGCAUAUUGUUUUUAUAUAUAUAUAAAAAUGUUGGAAGCAAA